CCAUCCGACAUACAUACUAGAGAGUUCUCCAUCGCGCGUCUCGUGCAAGGGACGCAAACUGCAAGCGGCCUGUCAUUCCAGUCGGCUGCACAUUUCUCGGCGCUCCAGCCCGCAAAAUGGGUAGACCAUUCUAUGAGUGGCUGGAGGGACGUUGCUACGCCUGCAAGAUGUGCCACUGCAACCUGGCGUCCGCCACAGAGCUCGUUUCACGCCAGUUUCAUUCCAAGCACGGGCGGGCGUACCUGUUCAACACCGCCGUGAACCUGUCCAGCGGCCCGCGCGAGGAGCGCAUGAUGACCACGGGCCUGCACGUGGUGUGUGACGUGUACUGCUCCAAAUGCAUGUGGCCCGUGGGAUGGAAGUACGAGCUGGCGUAUGAGAAGUCCCAGAAGUACAAGGAGGGCAAGGUCAUACUGGAGCGGGCGUGUGUGGUGGACAUCAAUACGGCCAGCAGCAGCAGCGACGACGACGAGAUGCAGGACCAGAUCGGGCAGGAGGGAGCAGAGACCGACAGCGACGACUACUGACUCCUGCCCGCGCCGCCGCCGCCGCCGCCGCCACCGCCGCCGCCGCUGUCGGUGCCGCUGCUGCCGCGGCCUCCGCAGGCGCAGUCCGGCGUUGCGUUUCCGGAGGUGGCAGUGGCUGCGGCUGCGGUUGUGGCUGCGGCAGAGCUGCGCUCGGGAGGGGCGGGCGGUGGCAGUGGCGGCGGCGGCGGCAGCCAUCGCCCUCUGCUGCUGCAGCAGCAAGAGGCAAUGGAGCUGGGGCAGGCACAGGUGUGGGCAGGGGCCUGGCGGCCACAUGCGCGGCCCCGCGCGGCGGUGGAGGCAUCGAUGCAGCCUUCCGCACCAGCGUCAUCAUCAGGGGGGCCAUCCCGUGCGCAAGACGCGCGGCUGCGGUUGUUGUGGAACCUUUUGUCGCCGCUCUGAUGGCCGGCCCGUGCGCAUCUGGGGUCUUGUAUCUUUAGGAAAACGCUGCUGCGGCACUGGGGAAACCUCGCGGCAAGAAUGUGUGUGGGGCCCCGUUCAGUUCAGGAGUAAGGCAGCGUUUUGUAACAUAUGCGGUGGUCUUUUAUAAGGUGAGCGGUUGGGAGAAUCAAGGGUUGGGCAUAAAGCACUAAGGACUUGCUUGAUGCGAAUCCGUGAGAAGGCUGCGCGGUGAUGCAGGUAGGACGUCAUUGCUGCUAGUGCUUGCGGCCUUGCAGUCGUGGCUCGCUACUGUGUGCUUGUGAGAAAGGCGUUCAUGCAUGGCCCAAGGUGUCGAUGUCUGAAUGAGAUAAGAGAUGAGGGGUUGUAGAGUUGAGAGUCUAAGGAAGAUGGGCGGCGGCUUUAAAUGUGCAUAUGUACUGCCGGUUCGUUGGACACAAGGGGAGAUGGAGUUGCAGGCCAUGCUGCAGUGCAGGUGGUGUUAGUUGCGGACGUACGCGCCCGCACAAGUGGCGCACAAGCUGCGCUCUUGUAUCACAUUGUGGUUGACUUAGUAGGGAGACUGUCAGCCUUUUCUAAACUCUUUCUUUUCUUUCCGUUUGACUGAUUGUACUUGUAGUGACCUGGACUGGCAACUUUAAGAUUAUUUGGUUACGUGCUUACCGGAGUGAGAGACGGUAAGGGAAGGAAGGGCAGCCGAGUAUGACGCCUUCUGCGGCGGCGUUGAAGCCCUUUUGAGUUGAGAGCAAGGCUGUGCCCCGUAUUGCAGACUUUUGCGUGCUUUUUUAUGGUCAAGCGGUGCGCCUUUAUCGCGCACGCGCACUCCAACGCUGAUAUCGUUAUAGGGGCACUUUCGAUUGGCUGGCGCGGGCGAAUGCUUGUGCGUGCCGGCAGGAGGUAGGCGCGGGUUGAUUGCCUGGCCCGCCUGAUGGCCAGCUUGGUCAGGCAAUACGGCAUGCCGCAUGGGUUCAUAGAGCGCUGCGCACAUUGUAACAGUAAGCUUGG